AUGAACAAACAUGUGCCACAGGCCCGAUACGAAUUCUGGCAUGAAGCCCAACAACAAUUCAUUUCCGUCGGCACACAAACACCCCACGAACGCGUCUUGGAUCUCGUGCAGUUGAUUCAAGAGUACGGAUACCAACAAGUGGCCAAAUGGAUCACCAACAACAAAUGGUUCCAAAGCGACAAGGCGUACCUACAACGCGCCAAACUGUACAUUCAAAUUGAUGCCGUGCAUCAAGACCUCGAGGGACUUGUUCGUUUCAUCCAGGCGAAGAAAGGAAACGACAAGCUAGUCUCGCACUGGUUCAUGGUCAACGAAAAGAACACUUACAUGUUCGAACUCGCCAUGUGCCACUUGCAUCUCGGCGGCAUUCAGCGCAAUGCCAACGACGAAAUUUGCACCUUGAAUACGCGACAACAGAUUGCCAACCGACGAUUUGUCUAUCGCAAGGUCAAGGAUGUCUGCAUGGAAGAUGCAGCACCCGUAGAAUUAGAACAACAACCAACAACAACUAAAGACGUCGAGACAAUAGAAACAGUCUCGACCGUCGACGACAACAAGAUGGCAUCCGAUGCCACAAUCCCAUGCGAAGCAGCGGUGGUUCCCACAUGCACAGCAGUGGUCCCAUACGUUCAAAAGUGGCAUGUGUCACACUUCAAGAUCAGUAUGCAUGGACAACAACCAUUUGUAUUGGAGUUGCGAAUGAUGAAUGGUGUGCUACUUGGAGUGGUACCCAACGACAUUCUCGCAGCCUUGAUGAAGGAUGGUGGAGACCUUGUCAAGGAAAUCGUGCGGCGGCACAAGACACUACGAUUGGAGGCAGGCGAUGCCUCGGACGAUACGGAUUUCGAAUUCGUGACUGGCGACGAAGUGGUAGCUGAAGAACCACUGGUCGAGGUCGAGGAACAACAACAAGUUGAUGCGGAUGAACCACUGGUCGACAACCGAGUUGACGAGGAGGAAAAUGUGGACACAGCACAAUCAACUUUGCGACGAUCGAAGAGACGCAUGGCGGCGAUUGCAUCUCAGAGAAUCGCAGAGCAAAUGAAGACGAGGCCACGGCGGGUGGCAGUUGAACAACAACCUAGAAUUAAAUGUAGACGGGCGGCGGCCACCAAGAAAAAGUCGACAAAGGCGAAGGGCAAGAAGAAGAAGACGACGACAAGACCUGUGACGGACACACAGCAGCAAACAACAGUUCAGACGACGACAACUCUUUCUGGACGGCAAGUCAGAAAGCCUGACCGGUACAUUCCAGUCUAG